AUGCCUAUAGACUACUGCGUGGAAAGUUCCAAAGAGAAAGAAAAGUCUGUGAACUUGCAACAGCCCUGGAAAAAUGGGAGCAACAAAACUUUAAAAAGCACAGCUUUGGACACACUCCAUGUGUCUGCACAGCUUUCAAGUGAACUAGCACUUAAGACCUUGUGUAACAAAAUGGACUCUGGGGACACAGCUAUAGGGCAAAAAGCUACCUCAAGGUCUGGAGAAACUGCUAAAGUACCAAGUAGAUGGAGGCAAGAACAUCCAGCUGUUAUUAAGAUGAGCACUUUUGGCAAUCAAGAAUUACAGAGGCAACCACAAAUAGAUCACGAGCAAAUUGGAAACACAGCAUCAGCACAACUUUUUAGUUCUGGGAAACUGGUAUCAUCGAAUGAAACUGCACAGCAAGUCACAGAGAAGCAAUAUCCACAGCAUCGUCCAAGUCCUUACUCAUGUCAACAUUCACUUUCUUUCCCACAGCAUUCAUUGCCACAAGGCUUCUUGCACAACAUAAAGCCACAUCAGAGCUUGGAAGGCCCUCCGUGGCAGUUUCCUAGCCACUUGCAAUCAGUUGCCUCAGAGGACUUGUUUCCUUUUCAUAUGCAUAGCCAUAGCGGAGGUUUCUCCAGGAAGAAGAUUUCAAGUUUGAACCCUGCAUACAGCCAAUAUUCACAGAAAUCUUUAGAACAAUCAGAUGAUGCUCACAAAAAGGAGCACAAACCCAAAAAGCCUGGCAAGUAUAUUUGUCCUUACUGUAAUCGGGCUUGUGCCAAACCUAGUGUACUUAAGAAGCAUAUUAGGUCUCAUACUGGAGAGCGACCGUACCCUUGUGUUCCUUGUGGUUUCUCCUUCAAGACGAAGAGCAACCUUUACAAGCACAGGAAGUCACAUGCCCAUGCAAUUAAAGCAGGGUUGGUACCUUUCACAGAAUCAGCAGUCUCUAAAUUGGACCUAGAUGCCAGUUACAUUGAUGUGGAAGCUGAAAUACAUUCAGAUGGCGAGCAGAGCACGGACACUGAUGAGGAGACCCCACUCCUAGUGGAAGGGUCUGACAAACUGAGCCCUGUCCCACAGCUCCCCCUGGACAUUGCUAGCAGGAGCAGUUUUCACUCCUCCAUGGAAGAGUCCUUGGUGGGGCCAAUGAAAGUGCCCAUUUUGAUCAUCCCUAAAAGUGGAAUUCAGUUACCCAGUGAGAAUUCACCAUAUAUUGGCUCUGAUAUAUUGCAAAACCCAUCCUUAAGUACUAAGUCUGAUGACUCUCAUACAGUUAAACAGCGACUUGCACUAAGACUGUCAGAGAAGAAAGGGCAAGAUUCUGAGCAGUCGUUAAACCUUCUGAGCCCACACAGUAAAGGAAGCACUGACUCUGGUUAUUUUUCCCGCUCAGAAAGUGCUGAGCAGCAAAUUAGCCCACCAAAUACUAAUGCAAAGUCUUACGAAGAGAUCAUCUUUGGGAAGUUCUAUAGGAUUAAUCAAAGGACAGCACUAACAGUAGCCACAGCAAAUCAGGAACACAGUUUAAUGGGUAGAAAGGGCAAAGCAGAGCCAUUACCUCUUUUAAAUAACAGAUUAGAUAUCAAGAUGCUUGAGGAACAUAUUUCUCAGCUGACUCCAAAUAAAGAAGAACUCAUUGACUCCAGUAAUUUGAGCACUAUUAAAUCUACACAAGUUUAUCCAGGCAGCAAUACAGAAUCUAGGCAAUCCCAGACUACCACAUCAUCCAUCAAAAGUGAAUCCAGCCUGUACCAAGUCAGUCAGCAGGGUGACGUGCCCAUCCUUCUAGAGCCCCCAGUAGAUUCCACUCCUCUUAUUAGAAGUAACUCCAUGCCAACAUCUUCUGCAAACAACCUAAGUAUUCCCCCAUCUCUGAGAGGAAGCCAUUCAUUUGACGAGAAGAUGACUGGCUCAGAUGAUGUAUUUUAUCCUGGGACAGUGGGAAUAUCCCACCAAAGGAUGUUGAGAAGACAGGCUGCCUUUGAACUGCCCUCUGUGCAGGAAGGGCACUCAGAUUCAGACUAUCAUGGAAGACCAGGGAAAAAUAUCAUUAUUGCUUCCAGCAGACAAACAGCCGGUGACAAAGGACCAUCCUUAAAAGAGAAGAAAGGAGACAAGACCUUUUAUGACUAUGAUGCCAGCGGAAAGCACUACAGAAAGUGGGAAGAAUUUGAAGCUCAGAAGCAGAACUACAGGGACUCACCAUCCUUAGGUGGGAUGAACAAGGCAGGAGAGUACUUUGUUGAUCCACUUGGACAAUCUCAGGUGGUGCCAUCCAUGCUUGGAACAACUUUUGAAAACAGAAAGCGCAGGAAAGAGGAGAGUGUUGGAGAUGAGGAGGACAGUCCCAUGCUUUGCAGCAGUAUGACUGGCACCACUGGUGGAAUUCAGCCUUUGGACUUUGAUCCCAAAUCCCAAAUUCAGGAAGUGCCAAGGAGCGGAUUUGCCCUUCAAGGCCUGGACAAUGCUGCCCAUUGCCAUGCGGAACGUUUUGAAAUCUGCAGGCCUUACUUGCAGUCUGGAAGCCCGGCAGCUUCUCUGGAAGACUCAUCCUUAACUGCAGAGCAAGAAAAGACUGCAGAAUCACUGGCUAGAAAGCCCCCUGGAAAUGUCAUCUCUGUCAUUCAGCACACAAAUUCAUUGAGCAGGCCAAACUCAUUUGAAAGGUCUGAAUCUACAGAACAUAUGGCAUGCCAGCAGGAAAAGAUCUAUUCACCAUCUGAAACAUGCGAGAGUGAGAUUUGUGAGUCCCCAAUGAGCCCAGACCGAGCUCCACAAAUGGAAAAUGCUGACACCAGUAAGCCGUCUCCAUCCCAGCAGCCUCAGCCGUAUCAUAUGCAGCCCAGGUUGGUUCGCCAGCACAACAUACAGGUACCUGAAAUUCGUGUCACAGAGGAGCCAGAUAAGCCUGAGAAAGAUAAAGAAGUGCAGAGUAAAGAGCAGGAGAGAUCCACUGAAGAAUUCCAGUGGCCCCAGAGAAGUGAAACCCUUUCUCAACUUCCAGCUGAAAAGCUACCACCCAAAAAGAAGCGUUUACGACUGGCUGACAUGGAGCACUCCUCUGGAGAAUCCAGCUUUGAGUCCACAGGUACAAGCCUCUCUCGCAGCCCUAGCCAAGAAAGUAAUUUGUCCCACAGUUCGAGUUUUUCAAUGUCGUUUGAAAGAGAAGAGAAUAUGAAGUUCAUCACGCCUCCCAAACAAGAUGAGUUUGGAAAGCAGUCUGAGUUUUUAACAGUUCCAGCUGGUGCUUACUCACUUUCUGUCCCUGGGCAUCACCAUCAGAGGGAAAUGAGACGCUGCUCAUCUGAACAGAUGCCCUGUCCUCAUGCUGCUGAAAUCCCAGAGAUCCGAAGUAAAUCCUUUGAUUAUGGGAACCUGUCUCAUGCCUCUUCAGCUGUGACACCUACUACGGCACUGUCUCCAUCCCGAGAAAGGAAGAAAUGCUUCUUGGUUCGCCAGGCUUCCUUCACCGGUUUUCCAGAGAUUUCCCAGACUGAUCAGAGCACGGAACAAAGUAUAAAGCAGGAGCAGAUGGAACAUGCACAGGCUGGUCUUCGCUCCUCCCAGCUUGCCUGGCAUCACUCCCCUUCGUCUGUACUUCAGCCCAUCCAGGUAGAUGACUCUGGAAAACAGGCUAUUGGCUCUUGUGCUCAGCUUAGUAAUAGCUCAUCCCACCUUGCCCAGCAACAGGCUCUUCUUGCAGACAGCCCGGAAAUGUUAAGGGCUCCCUUGAUCCAGCAAGCACCUUAUAUUCCUAACAAACAUCCAUCAGAGCAGCAGCAGCUAUUUGCACAUCAGGAAAAAGUCCCAUUUCCCCCUAUUCAUAGCACCUUGUUUCAGUUCCCAUAUCCACCUGUCUGCAUGGUUCACUUACCACCGUCUCAGCAGCCUGUCUUGUGGCAGCCAUGCACAGAACCUCUACACUUCCAGCAUCAUUUUGUACAGCAGCUGCAGAAAUCUUAUGUCAAACAGCCUUUCCAAACAGACGUUCCUCCAAGUUACCACCUGGAACACACACCAGAGCUUAUUGGAAAGAAACCAGCUGAUUAUGUGCACGCUAAAGAGCAAGCAUACCAGCAUUUCUCAGGAACAUCUGGGCAGUAUUCAAAAAAUACUCUUGCUAAGUACCAGUCAGACCACAGCAUUAAACCAACAGAUACCUCCUCUGAGCAGCAUUUUCAGACAGAUUUUGACUCCCCAAGUGAUGGAUCUGUACAGUCUUUGCCAGGAACAGUUGUUCCCGUCAGGAUUCAAACCCAUGUGCCAUCUUACGGUAGUGUCAUGUACACAAGCAUUUCCCAGAUCCUUGGACAGAGCAACAGUCCUGCGAUUGUAAUUUGUAAAGUUGAUGAGACGGUUUCUCAAAGAACAUUGGCAACUAAUGCAACCAUGCAAGGGAUUGGAUUUAACAUAGCUCAGAUGUUGGGUCAGCAUGGAGGGCUAGAAAAAUAUCCUUUGUGGAAAGUGCCACAGACACUACCACUCGGACUGGAGCCACCAAUUCCCCUGUGUUUGCCUUCCAGUUCUGACAUGGCUUCUACCUUGGGAGGAGGCAAACGAAUGCUUUCACCUGCCAGCAGCUUGGAGCUCUUCAUGGAGACCAAGCAGCAGAAACGAGUCAAAGAAGAAAAAAUGUAUGGGCAGAUAGUUGAGGAGCUAAGUGCAGUUGAGUUAACUAACUCAGAUAUAAAGAAAGAUUUUCCAAGAAUGCAGAAGCCUCAACUAGUACGGCAGAGCUGUGCUACCGAGCCAAAAGAAAGUCUGCCAUCCAUGUCAUCCUCUUCACCGCUGUCAUCCUCAUCAUCUCAAGAUUUCCCACCUGUUAGCAUGCCAACAGCUGAUGCUUUCCCCCUGAGCAGGGAGAAACUUUCCAGUUUUGAUUCCACGUCACCAGGGCAGAAGUCCAGUGGCCCUUCUGAAGGAAGAGACUCGCCAGAAGAACUGGAUGUGGAUGAAACAGCCUCAGAUAUGAGCAUGAGUCCACAGAGGUCUUCAUUGCCACCAGGAGAAAUUCAGCCAGAAGACCAACUGAAACAUCAAAAAUUGCCUCUCGGGAUGUUAGUCCAGAUGUCAUCCAAUACCAGUGGGAAAGUCACAGGCUCAACCAUUCUCCUGACAGACGUAGCAGAUUUUCAGCAGAUCCUUCAGUUCCCAAGUCUGCGCACUACUACUACUGUGAGCUGGUGUUUCUUAAACUAUACAAAACCCAAUUACAUUCAGCAACCAACCCUCAAAUCUUCUGUUUAUGCUUCAUGGUGUAUAAGUUCAUGUAACCCAAACCCAUCUGGGCUAAGUACAAAGACCACCUUAGCACUUUUAAGGUCCAAGCAAAAAAACACCACAGAAAUCUACACUCUGGCUGCUAUGCAUAGACCUGGAGCUGGUAAACUGACAUCAUCAAGUGCAUGGAAGCAGUUUGCUCAGAUGAAACACGAGCCAUUCUUCUUGUUUGGCAGCAAGCUUGAAAAGAAAGUAGUGGGGAAUAUUAUAAAAGAAAGAGUAAAAGGAGACAUUCAUGGAGAUAAAGACAUUACAUCCAAACAAACUGAGCCGAUACGAAUUAAAAUCUUUGAAGGAGGGUAUAAAUCAAAUGAGGAUUAUGUCUAUGUCAGAGGUCGUGGCCGAGGAAAGUACAUUUGUGAAGAAUGUGGAAUUCGCUGCAAAAAGCCAAGCAUGCUCAAAAAACAUAUCCGCACUCAUACUGAUGUCCGGCCUUAUGUAUGCAAGCUGUGCAAUUUUGCCUUCAAAACUAAAGGAAAUCUGACAAAACAUAUGAAGUCUAAAGCACACAUGAAAAAAUGCCUGGAGCUUGGAGUAUCAAUGACAUCCAUAGAUGAUGCUGAAACUGAAGAAGCAGAAAACAUGGAGGACAUGCAGCAGGAGGCAGAGAAGAGUAGCAGCCUGGCAGGUCUUUCAGCAGAGCACCAGUUUUCUGACGCGGAGGAGUCAGAUGGCGAGGAUGGCGAUGACAAUGACGAUGACGAUGAAGAUGAGGAUGAUUUUGAUGAUACUCAGGGAGACUCGACACCAAAAACCAGAUCAAGAAGCACCAGCCCACAGCCCCCUCGGUUCUCCUCCCUGUCGGUGAACUCAGCUGGGGCGUCGCAGGGGGCUUCCCCCGAGGGCUCCCUUCCCGUGGGACACUCCUCCCUCAUCAGUUACUUGGUCACCUUACCUAGCAUUCAGGUUACUCAGCUUAUAACACCAAGCGACUCCUGUGAAGACUCACAGAUGACAGAAUAUCAGAGGUUUUUCCAGAGCAAGAGUACCGAUUCAGAGCCCGAUAAAGACAGGUUAGACAUACCUAGCUGCAUGGAUGAGGAUUACGUGCUUUCGAUAGACCCCAGUUCGUCUCCAAGGGACCUCUCACCUUCCAGUCGACAGUCGUCACCUGGCUACGAUUCUUCACCCUAUAGAGAUAACUCACCAAAGAGGUAUUUAAUGCCAAAAGGGGAUUUGUCACCCAGAAGGCAUCUGUCACCCCGAAGAGAUAUUUCACCCAUGAGGCACCUUUCCCCACGGAAGGAGGCUGUGCUGAGGAGAGAGUUAUCCCCAAGACGGGACGCAUCACCAAGACGUCACCUAUCGCCAAGGAGACCAAUGUCACCAGGAAAGGAUGUGUCUGUUCGAAGAGAUUUGUCUCCUAGGCGAGAGAGGAGAUACAUGGCCUCUGUUAGAGCGGCAUCUCCCCGGAGGGGCUUAUACCAUAAUCCGGCAUUGUCCAUGGGUCAAUAUUUACAGUCUGAACCUAUUGCAGUGGGGCAUUCA